GGCGCGAGCGAUGCUAAGAAUGUUCGGAAUGAGGACAGGAAUGAAAUGAACGCCAGGACCGAACUCGCUCCGGAGGGGUGGGGCCUCGGUGACGUCAUGCGGCCUGCCGCCCGGGGCCGGGGGCGGGGCCUGCCGCCGCCGGUGACGUCAUGGGGCCGGGGCGGGCUCCCUGUCCCCCCACCCCCGGAGGGGCGGCGGGGCGGAGUCUCGCGCCCACGGGGAACGGGGCGCGCGCGGGAGCCGCCCUCCCGCUCCGGGCCGGGCGCCGGGCUUUGUCCAGACCCGGGGCGGGGCGGCCGUGAGGCGCUGCGCCCGCGCGCGGGAGCCGGGAAGCUGGGGGCAGUCGCCCGCGCGCGCCGUGCCUCAGUUUCCCCGCCCCCUCUACACACGCGGGGGUCGGAAAAGGGAGCUUCUAGUGCGGAGGUUCGGGCGGCGACCCCCGAGGGCGGCGGGCGCUUUCUGUGGGCCGCGCUCCCCGCCGGAUUUUUCCCGCCCGCCCUUUCACUUCACAGAAGUUGCCGGCUCCGGCUCUGUGGAAGUCCGUCCUCCGGGAAGAGGCAGGGCAGGAUAAUUACGGAGUUCGUAACAACCUGCCCGGCCAGCACGGUCUUCUCGAGAGCCGAGGCUGCCUGCUCGCCGCGCCUUGUGCUUUCCAAAAGUCAUGGGUCCCGUAAAAACAAAAAACUUCCGAAGCCGUGGAACGCUGCGUCCGGCAGCUUCCCAUCACCGUCUUGUUUGUGCAGGAAGUUCGUUUCCACACUAAAAGAGUCAUUUUAACCCUGCCUUGGAGGUAGUGGCAUACCGAGACCUUGUGGGUAACUCAGAAAACGGGGAUAAACCGGCUCCCUGGUAGGUAGAUCGGGCCAAGUUUUGCACAGCUGUGCCCUCCUGACGCAGCCCCCCGAGCAGCUCCCGCACCCUGGACCGCGGCGCCUCUGGAGAAAAAUGAUGGCGCCUAUUUUGUGCCGGAGGAAUCCCUAAAUGAAGAUAACUGAGAAAAGGGAAAUAGACGCAGUACAAAACAUCGUUUUACUAAUGCGCGUAUUUAUUUCCAAGGCAGACAGACUGGUUCACUCCCUGAAUGAAUGCCCACAAGGGCCAGGACUGGACCCCCCUGGGAGCAAACUGCUGCAACAGGACACGCUGACCAGUAUUUUCGGCAACUUCUCCCAUUUAGAUGCACAUUUUUUAAAAAUUUUAUUUAUUUAUAUAUUUAUGUGAAAGGCAGAGUUACAAAGACAGAAGUCUUCUAUCUGCAGGUUCACUACUCAAGUGGCUGCAACAGCUGAACCAGGCCAAAGCCAGAAGUCAGAACCUUCAUCUGGGUCUCUCACAUGGGUAGCACAGGCACAAGUAUUUGGGCCAUCUUCCACUGCUUUUCACAGGCCAUUAACAGGGAGCUGGACUGGAAGUAGAGCAGCCAGGACUUGAACUAGCACCCAUAUGGGGUGCUGGUGUCACAGGCAGUGGCUUUAUCCACUACACCACAAUGUUGGCUCCAAGAUGCACAUUUUUUGAGACUCACCUUAAAAGCUUUUUUCCAGGAAGAAUGCCCAACUAGGUAUUUCCUCUCUCUGGCCCCAGAGCUCCCUGCUCCAUGUACACUGCUCAUAUCUGUCAGUGACCAUCAUCUGCAUGUUACUGGUGACGCCCACCUGUCUGAGCCCAUGCAGAGUAGACUGGGUCUCAUUCAACUCAGCAUAUACUGUGCAGGGCCUACACGCAAACGAGAAGUGGCUGUCACUGUCAUCUCUGCCCCUAAGUGUCCCAUGCAUUCUUGCGCCCCUCAGCCACCCGCUGGUCGAUGCUCAGGACCUAUGGAUUGAGUGUUGGUGAGCUGUUUGCACCCAACACCUGAGAGCAGGAUCAGCGGCCCCCACCUGCUAGACUGACAGCAGCCGCCAUGUCUCGCAUCUGUAAUCAGCACUGAGCCUUUUUUUUUUUUUUUUUUUUUUUUUUUUUGCCUCUGCCAUCUCCACUCAUCGGCACAGCACCCGUGUGAGUAGCUGACAUUACCCCGAGGUAUAGUGGUGAGGAACUGAGAUGAAGGGUGGGUUACUUGGCCUGUGGUUGCAGAGCUAGGACCUGAAUACCUUCUGACUCAGGUAUUCCAUAUUCAUAACCCCUAACCUCCACUGCCACCGAAACGGAAAUGAGUAGAAACCAGAGCAACAGCAUACCACGCGGGGUUCUGAGGACUCUGCAUAUAUUGCCUCAUUUGAUUCCGCCAGCCACCCUGGCAGGUAGCUACUGUUGUUAUUCUCAUUUUCCGGAUAACGAAGCUGAGAGCAGACAGGUGAAGUGACUGGGUCCGGGUCCUGCUUGUACAACUAGUGAGUGCAGAGCAGCAAUCCAAACCCAAGCCUCCCAGCUCCAGAUCUCAUUGACUUUGUCAUCUACUGACGUGCCCCAGGCAGCGCUACACUGCAUGCAAAAGACCCACCAUCCACUGCAGGACCUACCCUACGAUGAGAGAACUAUGGACAUCAAUGGUGGCACAAGAGAGUCUGCUCCCCAAAAGCCUUCCCAAGGAAGAAGCUAACGUGGAACACAUAAGGGAAACGGUGUUCCACUUUGUGAUAACAAAGCAAGCUGAGAGACCCUGGAAGCUAGAGAAGACCCAGCCGGUUAGAAUUUACCCGCAGGAAGCACCUGACUCAGGAACGGAUCGCUUGGAACUACAGCCAGGACUAUUUCUAGGACUCCAGACUUCCUCCCUGUGACCACAAAAGAGGAAGAGGAACUGCUUUCGCCUGGGCUAAAUUGUCUCCUGCGUUUCCACAUUUUCUCAUCAAGAGCUAAUACUGCUUCCCAGGGAUGUGGAUUUGGGGAUGGGACUGUCCCUAAGAUGCCACUGGGAGAACCUGCUGCUACUGAGAGGGACACAAUUAAGGCUGGUCCCUCGGGGUAUUCCUAGAUCAACCAAAAAAAAAAAAAAAAAAAGAA